UCUACAAUGCCUCCAACAAUGAGCUUGUGAGAACCAAGACCCUGGUGAAGAACUGCAUUGUUCUGGUGGACAGCACACCGUUCAGGCAGUGGUAUGAAGCCCACUACGCCAUUCCACUGGGCCGCAAGAAAGGGGCAAAGCUGACUCCAGAAGAGGAGGAGAUCUUGAACAAGAAAUGGUCGAAGAAGGUUCAGAAGAAGAUUGAUGGACGCAGGAAGAGCAGCAAGAUUAGCAGUUUGCUGGAGGAGCAGUUCCUGCAGGGCAAACUUCUUGCUUGUAUUGCGUCCAGGCCUGGCCAGUGUGGCAGAGCAGACGGAUACAUCUUGGAAGGGAAAGAGCUGGAGUUCUACCUCCGGAAGAUCAGAGCCAAGAAAGGCAAAUAGACUUAAGCAAUAUAACCAGAGCUCUACAGUGGCUGUAUGAAUGUAAAAAGUAAAAUUGAAUGAUUUCUAACAGCGAGCUACUUUCUAAUUGGCAACAACAAACAAACAACUAACAAAAUUUGCAGCUUUUUUUUUUUUUUGCUUUUCCCCUGUAAUAUUGCAAUUUGCACAAUUUAAAUAGGCUGUUUUAGGCUUUU